AGCUCAUCAGUAGCCCCGCCCCGAAGGGGGACGCGCAACCGCGGAGUGCGAGUAGCAGCGGGUGUCGCUCAGAAUAGGGCGCGGGCACGCUGCUGUCUGUGUCUCCACCUCUCACCAUUAGUGACACUGAGCGGGGUUGCACUAGGGUAUCCUGCUGUCUACUCCAGUCCUCUCUGGCUCAGCCUCCGGCUCUGUCUCCCUCUCUCCUCCGGUCAGUGACAGACUGACAGCACCCUCCCUCACGUGACUCUGCUCUCCUGACAGCUCCCCUGCGCGCCCCCGCCGCGCGCUCCCGCCUCUUGUGCUCCUGCAGCUCUGCCGACCAAGGAGGCACCAACACCGCCAAGACUGCACCGGCCAGGUUAAUCUUGCUCCAGGAUGACUGACCAGUAUCAGGACUAUGAUGCAGUAGGGGACUACUCAGGUGAAGAUUCCCGCCAUGGGGCCAACUCUGGAGUCUCGGGUGUAGAUGGCAACAGUCACGUGUCCGAGGAUGUAAUCAGGCUGCCGUCUGCAUCACUACAUGGAGACGACGGGGCCACUGUGCUAGAGAAGGAUCUAGCACAUGCUGAAGGAAUAAAAGGACAGGGUCAUACAGAGAUCCCUGAGGGAACUACUGCAGAGGAAGCCGGUGUCGGUAACACCCCCAACCAAGAGGACCAGGCUGCAGGGAAUGCAGUAAAAGAUAUUAAACCCCAAGCAGACACAGUUGAGACAGAGAUGCAGGAGUCUAGUUGCGCACAAGAAAUAGAAUUGGAACAGGAAGCGGACGUCUCAGAAACCUCAGCGGAGAACCACCAGGGAAUACAUCCUGAAGACCUGGGUGUUGUUACUGGUGAUACAUAUGAAGAUAUCAGUCCUGGCUGGGAAGCAGUGAACAAUGAAGUUACUGAACCUUCUGAGGAGCAAGACAAACACUCUCUUCGCUUAGCCCAAGAAGCAAAUGGCAAAGAGCACCAUAAAGAUAGUUAUGGAGGGAAAUAUUCUGUGGGGGAAGAGCAUGACAGUGAAGUUGGAGAGUUAGAGCAGGACAGUACAACUCCUACAGAAUCUCCACUUGAUAUACCAUCUCUAACCAAUGGCCAGGCUGCUGAAAGCCUUAUAGCAGAAGAUGCCAACAAGCUCCUCAAUGGCUCUGUUUUCACUGAUUUAAAUGGUGAAGGUGUAAGCAAGUCGUGUGUAGACAUAGCAGCUGAAUCUCUUUCAGUAGAAGAAGUGCUUCCUCGUCCACGGCCUUCUGUGUCUGUUUACCAAGUAGAAAUUGAUCCCAACAAACCCAUAGACAAGAAGAUGUCACCAUGGGAAGCUGCAGAUUCACCAAGUGAUACUUCAGAACAACAUUCACCAUGUAUGAUUGAGAAGACACCCAGAAAGAAAAUGCCUCCUCAUGGAUCUGGAAUAUCAGUCAGCCGGGUUCCUGUACCUAAAGCUCAUGAUCAAGAGAAGCAUCAGAGUGAUUCCCAGGAGAAAGGAGGGCAGAUAUCAUCAACUCCACCCCUUGCCAAACACCUGACAAGCAGAACUUCCACAAUCCCCAAACGAUCCCCCUCUGCUAGCACACUUUCCCACAACAAAACUUCCAGUCCGACAGUACCUGCAUCGCAGAACCUUACUCGCCGGACGUCACCUGCCGCGUAUCACACGCUGGGCAGCUCCACGCGGUCUAAGGAUGGAGUUGCUGAGAGUGCAGUGAGUAAGCAGGUGCUUUCCAGGAGCCCCGCCAACACAUCAAGAAUCCCUUCCAAGACUCCUACAGUCCCUAAGACUCCUCCUAAUGCUCUGAGACGGGAACAGAAGAAGCCCCCUUCCAGUGUUGGAAAAGGUGAAAGAGCUGAAUCACCGAAGUCCGGUGAGAGAAGCGGAUACAGCAGCCCUGGAUCUCCUAGUACACCCACAAGUCGUUCCCGCAUACUUUCCUCACAGUUGCCUCCCAACCGUGAGCCCAAAAAGAUUGCCGUAGUGCGUACUCCUCCUAAAUCUCCUGCCUCUAUCAAGAGUCGCCUGCAACCACUCCCAAGUCCAGUUGCAAUCCCAGACCUGAAAAAUAUCAAAUCUAAGAUCGGUUCGACUGAAAACAUUCGACACCAACCAGGAGGCGGCAAGGUGCAGAUUAUCCACAAGAAAGUAGACGUGAGUAACGUGCAGUCUAAGUGUGGCUCCAAGGACAAUGUGAAGCAUAUCCCUGGGGGAGGAAUAGUGCAGAUCACACACAAGCCAGUCGAUCUCAAACACGUGACUUCCAAGUGUGGUUCAAUGAAGAAUAUCCACCACAAGCCAGGUGGAGGAAAUGUAGAAGUGAAGUCUGAGAAACUGGAUUUUAAAGACAAGAUUCAGUCUAAGAUAGGCUCAUUGGACAAUGUCUAUCACGCGCCUGGAGGAGGAAACAAAAAGAUUGAGACCCACAAACUAAGUUUCCGGGAGAAUGCAAAAGCCAAAACGGACCACGGAGCAGAGAUCGUCUACAAGUCUCCCAACCCAUCCGGAGACACAUCCCCCCGUCGUCUCAGCAACGUCUCCUCUACAGGCAGCAUCAACAUGUCCGACUCCCCGCAACUCUCUACACUGGCUGACCAAGUCUCCGCCUCCCUCGCUAAGCAAGGCUUGUGAUGUGCUGCUUCCAGUAUGGGAGGAGAAAAGCUGAAGGUGUGAGAGAUGUGUUCAACAUGCAAAAAAGAAAAAAGGGAAACUGCAUAAAGAAAUGCCCACAAGCAAUUGAAUAAUGAAACUGUCUCUUGUAUACUUAUUUAUUACACAUCCCAUCCUUGGAAGACCUCUUCCCCCAUCUAUUAGUAGCAGAGGGGAGAAACAUACAGGUGUAUUAUUGAUGUUUAUGUAUAUUUUGUUUGCAUAAGAUAAGGAAGGGGUGUUUGAGGCGAGUGUUAAUACUAAGUGCCCACGUGCAUCCGAACAUUUAGAGAUGGAGAGCAAGUCUUAAGUCCUUUAAUUUGUCUAGUUACUUGCCAUGCACAAUGAUAGACCACCACUAUACAGACUGUGGAAGAUACACGAGGAAGAGAGGCAUCCGUACUAUUUACAUAACUUGUUCAGUUCUCUGGUCCCUGCCUUGUAACACUGUAUUAAUAAAUACUCAAUUCUGCACAUACGUCUAACCCCCUAAAAAUAACUAUAGGUGAAUGAACAUGAAGUGUUUUGCAUGUUUGCGAGAAACACAAAAUAUACUUUACGUGCUCCGUUUCUUUCUAUAGAUCACUCUCCAUCUUAAGUAAGGGUAAACCAAAGCUUGCGUAAAAUUUAUAUUCUGUGCACUGCCAGAGAUCUAGUAUGGUCACAGGUGACCUUCUACUGUCCCUUUGUUUCAUGUUACAGGUGAUUUUCUUUAAAACUACACCCCGUCACUGGCAUGUAACGUGUUAACCCCUACGCCCAGCUACUAGAAUAAAGGUGUUUAGACAGCUCCGGCAGUUAACCGGUCAACUCACACUGUUGAGCGUAGUAAUAAAGUUUCACCAUCUGUAAAUGUAACCUGGCACUAGUUUGCACUCUCCUGUCCUCAAAAUAAAUAAAAAACUGACCCAGGAGUCUCCUCAAUCUCUCCGCUUGGUGUGUGACUUAUAAACGAAGUGAAGAAAUCGCAGUGGCUGCUAGUUCUUUUUUUUCUGCAGACUAUUGUCCACAAGCUCCUCUAUUUUCCCAUUCUCUUCUAAUUUCAGUAUUGCCUUUCUCCCCUCUGUUAAGGUCAUGGGUAAAUCAACCCCCCACCUCCACACUAUACACCCCUUUUCUCUCCGUUGUGUCUGUGGCUGUCCAUAUUCUGUGUCGUGUCUGACCAGCUGGUUCACACGGUCUGUUGCUGUAUAAGUGGAUUUGGAAAUAAAGUUAUUAAUACAA